GUAUCCGGCACCACCGCUAUGCCGGACGAGACCAAAGGUAGCCUCAGAGGCUCUGUGGAGAGAGCCUCACCCAAGGAAACCGAUAUCUCCCACGUCGAGCAGUCGCUACCACCGACCGAAGACUUGAAGAAGGAUCAAACGGACUAUUCCCGUGUCGACAGGGAGAUUGCCGAGUACACCGCCCGCGGCCAGGUCGAGAUAGACGAUGCCACCAGUCGACGACUCCGUCGUCUGAUCGAUGGCCGGGUCUUGGUGAUUAUGAUCUGCACAUACUUUCUCCAGGCCCUGGAUAAGGGCACCAUGUCGUUUGCGUCGAUUAUGGGAAUUGUUGACGAUACCAAACUGGUUGGCCAGCAGUACUCCUGGCUGACGACGUGUAUUUACAUCGCCGUCCUGAUCGUCGAAUAUCCGACCAACUGGAUCAUCCAGCGCGUGCCCAUCGCCAAGUAUCUCGGUAUUAAUAUUAUGCUCUGGGGUGCGGUUUUGGCUCUACACUCAGUGUGCAAAAAUUUUACCGGUCUGGUCGUCGUGCGCACUUUUCUCGGCAUAUUCGAGGCUGUCUGCCAGCCGACGUUCAUCGUGUUGAGUAGUAUGUGGUAUACUAGAGGAGAACAGGCAUCCACCGUUACAUACUGGUACAUGAUGAACGGCGCGCAACAAAUCGUGGGUGGUCUGCUGGCCUACUGCUUCAGUCUGAUCGGGCACCACCGCGUGCUCAAGUCGUGGCAGGCGUUGUUCCUCACGUACGGAUGUGCCUCGGUGCUCUGGGGCCUGUUCGUAAUUUGGUGGAUGCCCGACUCGCCAAUGCGUGCCAAGUGCUUCAGCGAGGAGGACAAGCACCUGAUGGUUGAGCGCGUGCGCGCCAACCAGACGGGCCUACAGAACCGAAAAUUCCGUGCCUACCAGUUCUGGGAGGCCGUCCGUGACCCGCAGAUGUACUGUUACUGCGCCAUCCAGGUCUUCACAACUCUUCCGACGAGUGGACUGGGUGCCUUUGCCAAUAUAAUCAUCAAGGGUUUUGAUUUUACCGAGCUGCAGACGCAGCUGUUAGCCAUGGUGCUCGGUUUCUACAUCAUUAUUGUGUUGCUCACCUCUGCGUGGCUGGUCAAGAGAUACAAUCAGAACUUGCUAGUCAUGCUUGGCUUCAUCAUUCCGUCCUAUGUCGGGACGAUCGUGUUGAUGACUGUGAAGAAAAAUGGUCUCGACACCAAGGUCGGCCUCCUGAUCAGCUACUACAUCACCCUCUCAUUCUGGUCCGCCCAGAACUUGUGUCUGUCCAUGGUAUCUCGAAACAUCGGCGGUGCCACCAAGAAAUCCGUCGUCGUGGCAGCCACGUUCGUGUCGUGGGCAGUCGGCAACGCAAUUGGUCCGCAAGUGUUCUUGACGCAUGACGCCCCGCGGUAUUUCAUAGCGUUUGGCGUCCACCUCGGGUGCUAUACCGCUAUGACCAUUGCGGUGAUCUUCCUGCGCUUCUACCUCAAGACGCAGAACAAGAAGAAGGACCAAUUGGCUCGCGAGGCUGGUCUGCAGGAUAGUAGCCUCAGUCACGCCUUUGAGGACCGGACGGACCAGGAAAACAUCCACUUCCGUUAUAUCUACUGA